AUGGCACAGGAUUACACGGACCCGGAGCUGCAGUUAGCUCUAGAACUGAGCAAGAAAACAUUUGAAGAAGAGGAGCGGCGGCGGAAUGAAGGACAAGAUUUGAUUCGUUUCGAAUCUCCUGAAUCACCCUUGAGAAGGGAGCAGAUAAAACAAAUCAAUCGGCUUUAUAGCCAGCCGAGUUUUGAAUCAUAUCUUACGCCGACCCAUGAUUUUACGCAAACUUUCAACACUAAUCCCACUACGCGAGGCUAUACUGCUCCCCAAUCUCAAUAUCCUAGGACUGUUAAUCCUGCACCACUUUUCGCUUCCGCAUCAUCGCAUUCCUUCGAUGAUCGCUCGUAUCUGAAUAGCACUGCUCCUUCUUCUUUACCUCCGCUGGCGCCACCGUUGCCUCCAAAAGCACAAUAUAGUCAUGUGUUCCCUCCAGCUCCUGACUUGAACAUGCGCUACGAAACUCCUCCUCCUCUGCCGCCCAGACUACAUUCUACAAAUACUUCACGAUCACUCAACAACAUUCCAUCCAUUUAUCCUGCUCUUCCUGUAUCUACUUCGCAACGCUCAUCUAGUGUAGUUAAGGAUGAAUUCGAGCUGUUCCCAACACCGAGCGCUUCGGACGUUGUGCCCUACGUCAAUGCCGACUUGUACGUGCCAUAUACAAUGUGCUCGAACCGUCUUCUAAACGGCGACUUGAUCGACCUGGGAUCGUCCGAUGAACAAGAGCAAUGUCCGCUUGCCACAUUGGAGCAGAUUCGCCGUGAUUUCGACCCUCUUUAUCGCUCACCUGAAAAGAACGUCCAGAUAGCUUCUACCAUUCCGUCCUCACGUACUGUCGAUAGUGGCCCAGAGCAAGUUGGGAUAGGAACUGCUGCAAAACCACAGUCAAGGCAAUCACCUUAUCAGCAAGAUGAGAACAAGGAAAAUUAUGAAAACGAAUGGUUUUCCUUGGACUGCAUCCGCCUUGAAAACCAUGUGCCUUCUGUUAUGCGACAGAUAGCCAUUGUCAAAGAACGGGGCAUGAAAAACUGUACGUCAACAUCACUUUAUUUCAUGUCUCCGAUCGCAGAUUAUAUAACAACAUCGGCGCUGAGUGUUAAAGUGGUUGUUAGCAAGGAUUACACCUGGCAUCAGAACGGGCAAAUGGAAUAUCAGCUUGUGUGCAAUACAGAAACUUCUAUAGAUUUGUUGAUCACUCAAUUGCUCACUGGUUUGCUGGACGAGUCUGACAUGGCAGACGGUGUCCCUGUCGAAAAAUACGGUCUCAAGAUUUUUGGAUUGGACGAGUUUCUUCCUAAGACGUCUGCUCUAGGAAAUAACUUAUACGUUGGAAAUUGUAUUCUCCAUGGCAAAGAUGUAAAAUUGGAGAUUGGACGAUUUGAACCAACGUUUAUUCGUUCUUCGAGCCCGGCUCCAGCAUGGGAGAAAACGAAAACGCAGUUCAAAUUUUCGUCGGUGUUAGACAAAGAGGAUAUAGAAAACAUGAUUGUACACCUGAAAUCUGAAAUGGCGGAAUAUGAACAAGCGUUUCGAUCCACGUCAACGCUGAGCGUCUCAGCAUCUUCCAACAAGGUUCGGCAGUGUGUGAAAAUGUUGUGUAAGUUGAUCAAUUCUAUCGAACCGAUGAGCCUCCACCAGCAUUUGCAGAAGUACCUAACAGCUGCUACGAAUGACCAACUGAAUUAUGCUCGAAACGAUUUCAUUGCCUCAUUACACAGUUUCAUAUCAGUUUACUGUCAGUGCACAUUGAGCUAUUACAAGUUAGCUCCCCUCAGACAAUUCAACAAACAGAAAAAGGAGAUUCUCCAUUGCAAGGAAAAGCUUGCAGUAAAAGUGGACUCGGUUCACAACUUGGUGGAAAUGUGGACGAGAGAUUAUUCGGCUUUUUUCGUUACGGUGAAUGUGUACUAUGGAACCCAAGUUUUGGCUGGCCACAGUAAAUGCAUAUCUAAGACAGUAAAACACGAUGCCUUCUUCCCUUACAUUCCCAUAAACGUCUACGCGUGUUUCGAAGAUAUGUUAUGUACUUGCCCGAGGGAAACGAAGAUCAUGUUCAUUUUAUCGGGGAUUGCCGUUGAACCAAACGCAAGCUCUGGUGAUGGGCCAGAGAGCACACAGCGUCCGUUGGCGUUCGCUUCGUUGCCGUUGUUCGAUCACGAAAUGAUUUUACGGCAGGGCCAGGUGUUUAUUCCUCUAACAGUGCUGAAGGACCCUGUGUUGAAACCAUGGGGACCAUAUCCACUGAUUGCCAAUGAGAAGGAUCCGGUACUAAUUGUCACCCUCCCAACGUACGACUACAUUGUAGUGUUUCCUGACGUUGCAGUUGAGUUUCAAAGUGUGAAGCAGGAUCCAUCAACAUUGGACAGCGAGACGCAGGAAUAUCUCAUGGAUCUUGUCGAGGCUGGGGAUACCCAAAAAUUGACAUCAGAUGAACAGGAGAUGCUAUGGCAGAAGCGUUCAUACUUGAUGCAUUUACCGGAAGCGCUACCCCUAGUGUUGGCAUCUGUUCCCGACUGGGGUUUUUAUUUUCUGGCGAAUGUAUAUCAGAUUAUUGAAGGUUGGGUACCACUGUCACCAGUUCAAGCUAUGCAACUUUUGCUUCCACAAUAUCCUGAUGUACGAAUAAGACAAAAGGCCAUCGAGUGGAUCAUGUGUGCUUCGUCGGACUUUCUAUUCAAUGCUUUGCCACAACUGGUAGAAGCUCUUCGAUUCGAGAUCUUUGAGUCAUCUUCACUUGCGGUUGCUCUGCUGACACUUUCCUACAAGGACCGUCGAUUUGCGUUUGAGAUAUAUUGGCAGUUGCAACAAAGGAUAGAUCACUGUGUCGAUUUCGCCUACGCGCAGCGCUGUUCUUUGCUUCAAAAGGAGCUGCUAGAGCGCCACGAAGCAGACCAUCUAAGGGAUGAGAUUGCUCGACAACAUAAGCUACUGAACGAGCUCGACUGCAUUCAAAUGGACUUGCGAAGAGAGGAGUCGGACCAAACUCGACUUGCACUUCUACGCUCCCGUCUUGGAACUCUGGAUGGUGCACUACUCCACCACAAUGUUCGUCUCCCUUGCUUGCCAUCGUUCAAAUGCAGUGGAGUUGUGGUCAAGGACUGCAACAUCUUUAAUUCCAACGCAAAGCCACUUAAAAUUGUAUUUCGUGGCCUCAACUCUACGUACUCGAUUAUUCACAAAAGUGGGGAUGACAUGCGGCAGGACGCUUUAGUACUGCAAAUGGUUUCGUUUAUGAACGGAAUUUGGCUCAGCGAACACUUGGAUCUGCGGAUGAUAACAUUCAGAUGUAUGCCUGUUGGAUAUAGGAAAGGAAUGGCUGAAUUGGUGUUGGAUUGCGCCACCCUGUGUGAAAUUCAGAAAGAGUUCGGAGUGACGGGUGUUUUUAAGGAAGAUAUUCUCAUGAACUGGCUAAUGAAACACAACACCACUGAGUUUAUGUACAAGCAGGCUCUGGACAAUUUUACUCGAUCAUGUGCUGGAUGGUGUGUUGCAACAUAUGUGCUGGGAAUAGGCGAUCGUCAUAACGACAAUAUACUAGUAACUACGGCUGGCCAUGUGUUCCAUAUAGACUUCGGAAAGUAUAUGGGUGAUUGGCAGACGGCUGGUGGCUUCAGGAGAGAUCGUGUUCCAUUCGUCUUUACGGACGAGAUGUACCAUGUUAUCAAUGGAGGGAACCAGCAGAAAGAAAGUUAUCAAACAUUCAUCGACUACUGUUGCCAAGCGUUCAACUACUUGCGACGGAACUAUACGAUCCUUGCCAAUCCACUGAAAAUGAUGGCUUGCUCAGACAUAGCUGGUAUGAAUGUGGAAUCUCUUAACUUUGUGGAGAAGAACCUUAUGUUGGAAUUGAGCACAACGGAUGCUGUGAUUCAAUUUACCCAACUGAUAAAUCACUCUUUGAAGUCGGCUUUUCCUCGGAUUAACUUCUUCUUCCACACGUUAGUCCAAGUGAUGUCUUCAUCUGGGAACUCUGCAAAGAAUAACGACAGCAUCAGUUUUGUGCCACAGCUGUAUACACAAGCAACCGAUGGGAAAAUCUCACGAGUGCGAGUGAUCACUUUUGAAAAACGUUUCAUGCCCAAUAAAGUUUAUCUCUACAAAGUUGAAGUGAUUCGAGAGUCUGAAAUAGUGUCGUCAUAUGUCUACCGAUCCUUCAACGAAUUCAAUGAAUUGUACAUAAAACUUCGUAGAAGGUUUCCAACUGUGGCGUUCCCACCUUUGAGUUCAGGGACAAGGAUGCGGUCCAAUGUCCGAGAAGUGGCACAAAGACGGAUGGUUGAUAUCGAAUCGUUUUUACGUUAUUUAUUCAGUUUAAGUCCCGAAAUUUGCCACUGCGAUUUGGUGUACACCUUCUUCCACCUGAUUCUUCGAGACAGUAACAUUCAUUCAUACAUAGGUACUGAAGAAUCAGCCAACGAGUCGCAUCGUAGCCAAUGCGAAGUGUAUCUGAAGAUUCAGUAUAACGGCAAUAAACAACACUCUCAACUUAGCAUAUUCGUUGGCCACGUAAAGCACUUAGCAUUACUGACAACUGGCCAGGCCCCAGAUGCAUAUGUAAAAUCCUAUAUCCGUCCCGAUCCCCAGAAUCUCACGAAGAAAAAAACGCAGGUCGUCAAAGCUAGUCAGAACCCUACUUUCAAUACAGAGAUGAACUACGAUAUAGUCGGUGGAGAGAAUGUGUUGUCGACUCGAGUUUUAGAAGUGUCGGUGUGGAACUCUGGAGGAUUAAUGGAUAACAACAAGCUGUAUUUACUGUAUAUUCCACUUCAAAAGUUGAGGAACCGACCCGAAGAUAGGAAGGGAAAUCGCGUUCUAGAAGGGUGGUUUGCAUUUGACAAGAAUGUUUGA